AUGAUGCGCCUCCGCCGCUACCGAUUGUUCCUGCUGGUGGCCGUGGUCGCAGUUGUGUCAGUAUACCAGCUGACUCGGGUCAAGCCCUGGGAGAAUCCAGCUCUCGAGGCUCUCGUGGGAUUGAAGAAUGAUCAUGCUACCAAGAAAGUUGCUGCGAACACAGAUUCGUCCGAAGAGCUUCCUGUUCCUGCUUCAGCUCCAGAAGUGCCCGGGGAGCCUCGAGUACAAUCGGCACAUCCUGCCCUACCACCGGUCGAGGUCUCCAAAAAUGGUCAUCUCCCUCCCCCUCCAGAAGAAAUCGCUUCACCCCCGUCGAGUUCUUCGUCGAACGCACGGCCUGCGGUGACUCAAGAAGAGCUGCUCGCCAAGCAGCCGAAGUUUGAUGAUGGAGAAGAAGUUGAUGAACAUGAGGGCCGGCCUGGGCUCAAAACUCAAAUCGUGGAGUCAGGGAGAGCAUAUUGGACACAACAGGAGGAGCAUUUCCCAAUACCAUCAGAGAGUCUUAUCCUGCUGCCGACCGGCGAGUCCAAGGCACUCCCCAGGGUGCAAUACAACUUUGGCCGCGAAAAGCUUUCGAUGAAGACAGAUCGACUUCGAAAGCAGACCGUGAUCCGCGAGGCGUUCAAGCAUGCUUGGUUCGGCUACAAAAAUUACUCUCUGCCUCACGAUGAGCUCAAGCCCAUAUCAAAAGACGUGGGAGAUCCAUUCAAUGGCUGGGGUGCGACCUUGGUGGACUCGCUAGACACCCUUUGGAUCAUGGGACUGCGCGAUGAAUUCCAUGACGCAGUUGCGGAGGUGGGCAGGAUCGAUUUCAAGACAUCUGCGAGAAGGGAUAUUCCUCUCUUCGAGACGACGAUCCGUUACCUCGGCGGGCUGAUUGCGGCCUACGAUCUAAGCUCAGGGAACUACCCAGUUCUGCUGGAUAAAGCGGUCGAACUUGCAGACAUUCUGAUGGGCGCCUUCGAUACGCCCAACAGAAUGCCCGCGGUCUUCUAUGAGUGGGCUCCCUCAUCUGCAUCCCGCCCACACAGGGCCAGCGAGCACACAGUGCUUGCAGAAAUAGGAUCUCUGGCGGUCGAAUUCACGAGACUGGCUCAAAUUACCCGGGAACACAGGUAUUACGAUGCGAUUGCACGCGUCACCAAUGCCUUGGAGGAGUGGCAGAUGCAAACGACUUUUCCAGGCCUUUGGCCGUUGAAGCUGGACGCAUCCGGCUGUAAAAAGUCCAAAGUCGUUUCAAGGUCGGCAGCCGAUGGUCAUGCCGAAGGAUUCGAGGCCUUUGCCCCUGUAAAGUCGAGGGAUGGUCGAGAAGAGUUGUUUAUGGUGGAGGGCCCAGCCACGGACAACCGGCGCAAACCCGACGAUAACCCCUCGAAUGUGUUGAAUAAGCGACAACAGCUUUCAUCGCCACCCCUAGACGAAGAGCCCUCCUUGAAGGGUAACACACUGGCUGCAGCUGAGCAGAAGCCUAAACCGCUAAUCGACACAAAACUGAGUGAAGAGGCCGCGGACGAUUCCCACUGUGAACCACAGGGACUGAGCACUGAGCCCGCAUCGACUACCCACACUUAUGGAAUUGGCUCGAUGGCAGAUUCCACGUAUGAAUACUUUCCGAAGGAAUAUGCGCUGCUCGGCGGGCUCAACCAGCAGUACAAGAAUCUAUAUCUGGAUGCCAUGGAAAUUGUCCGAGAAGAAUUACUGUUCCGACCAAUGACUAAGGAGAACCACGACAUUCUUUUUUUGGCAAAGAAAAAUAUCUCGCCCAAGGCCAAAGAUCCUGUCAAAAGAAAAGAAACAAUCUAUGAAGGGACCCACCUGGGUUGUUAUGCCGGCGGCAUGUUUGCCUUAGGAUCUAAGCUGUUCAACAUCCCUUCAGACAUGGUCAUUGCAGAGAAGCUCACCGACGCGUGUGUCUGGGCUUAUGCGUCGACCCCGGUGGGAGUCAUGGCCGAAGAGUUCGAGCUUGUGCCUUGCGACAGUCGCACUUCGUGUAAGUGGAAUGAAACCAAAUGGUUCGAAGCGCUAGACCCAAGGCUUGAGGAGAGAAUGCGCACGGUCGAGAUUUACAAUGACAAUCAGCACAAUCUUUACGAACAGUUACUAGCUGGCGUGGACGCCGUUCAGGAUCACGCAGAUGAUUCCGUGGUCUCACAGAUGAUUACGGACCCCAGCUUGAAGAAGAGAGACACGCCCGUGGAUUUGGGAGAGAAUGAAGCGGCAGAAACAUUUGUCUCUGACGAUGCGGGUACACAACGAGAAGGACUCCGACCCAUGACAUUUACACCCCGUGUUGCGCUGUCUCACCAGAAGUACGUCGCGGCCAAAAUCCAAGAGGAACGACUACCUCCAGGGUAUACACGGAUCAAGGCACGCGACUACCGGCUUCGACCUGAGGCAAUCGAAUCGGUGUUCAUUAUGUACCGACUGACAGGAGACGAGACGUGGAGAGACAAAGGAUGGGCUAUGUUCGACGCAGUCGACAAGGCAACGAGGACGGAAGUUGCCCACGCGGGCAUCCGGGACGUGACCAGCCAAUUGAUGGAGCAGCAAGAUUCCAUGGAAUCCUUCUGGCUCGCAGAGACGUUAAAAUAUUAUUAUCUCUUGUUCAGCGAGCCGGACUUGAUCAGCCUGGAUGAUUAUAUUUUGAAUACCGAAGCGCAUCCUUUCAAACGACCCAAGUGA